UGGAUGCUCACGCGAUUCACGUUUGCUUCGGGGGUCAGUGAGUCAGUCAUCACGUUAAACCGAAUCCAAAGCCCCGUCACGGUUCGUGCAUCGGUUCCGUUUAUCCGAUUCCAAGUCUGCAGAGUCGAAUACACCCAUGACCCCAUUCAAGGGCUGUGGGGUGCUUUAUGCCGAGGAUCAGGCGUUGCUGACACUGUCUACGUGCAAGCCGUAGUCCACAGUGAGUGAUUUGGUUGGGAUUUGUUGGGUCUCUGAAGCUGGUGUUUGUGUCGGAUUGAGUUGCCAUGGUUGAGAGCUUGAUGGGUCUAUGUGGGUUUUACGUUUUGUGGAGCUUUAGGGUUUUGUAAUUGAGGGGUUUCGUUCUUGAGGAUUGGAGAGAGGGCCCGUUGUGUGGGUCGAUGAUUGAUGUGCAUGAACCUGCGGAAUGAGGGCUUAAGCUCAAUUUCGCAUGUGGGAUGGCAGGGUGUUGAUCAUAUUUCGGCACGUUUUAUUUUUUUUGUGAGGGCGUAUCAGCAAGUAGGACUUGGAGUGUGUGGUGGCAGCAAUGAGGAGAGCACGGAAUCCUGUGCAGACGGCUGUGUGGUGGGUGAAGAAGCAGCCCCCUAAAGUGAAAACGGCCUUGGCGGUGCUGACUGGCAUCUUGGUUCUCAUAUUUCUGCGGUUUGUUAUUCGUGACCAUGACAAUCUGUUCGUGGCCGCUGAGUUUGUUCAUGCUGUUGGAAUCGGGUGUCUAAUCUACAAGCUAAUGAAGGAGAAGACUUGUGCUGGACUUUCGCUUAAGUCACAGGAGCUUACGGCCAUUUUUCUAAUGGUGCGUCUCUAUUGUAGCUUGGUGAUGGAAUUUGACCUUCACACUCUCUUGGAUUUCUUGACAUUCCUCACAACUGCGUGGGUGAUCUACAUGAUGCGGUUUAAGCUAAAAUCUACUACUUCAGACGAUCUCGACAAUCUCCCUAAAUACUACGUGCUUGUUCCGUGUGCAAUACUGGCCAUCUUGAUACAUCCAAGCACCGCCCACAAUAUUAUCAACCGUGUGUUGUGGGCUUUCUGUGUCUAUUUGGAGGCGGUGUCCGUCAUGCCACAGCUUCGUGUUAUGCAGAAUACUAGGGUCGUUGAGCCUUUCACAGCUCACUACGUCUUUGCCUUAGGAAUUGCACGAUUUUUGAGUUGUGCACACUGGAUUCUUCAGGUAUUGGAUGGGCACAGCUUCCUGCUCAAUGUACUAGGCUAUGGAUUAUGGCCUGGAAUGGUUCUCCUCUCGGAAAUUGUACAGACAACCAUCUUGGCCGAUUUUUGCUAUUACUAUGUAAAGAGUGUAAUGGACGGCCAGAUGAUGGUGCGGCUUCCUUCUGGUGUGGUUUAGAGUCUGAUGUCGAAAGGCUGCCUCCAUGUAUGAGUAAAAAGGACUUGGGCACAAAAGGAUGGUCAAACUUCUUUCCUUUCACAUCAGCUUCUAGUGCAUUAUAGUUCAAGCCGUGCACCAUCAUGGUCUCAGGGUCCACACUAAUUCAGUUUAGUGUUCAGUUCUGGGCUCAUGUUGAUUCGUGAGCGAGCGUCUACUCAACCAUCUGGCUCAAGGUGGUUGUAUAAUGAAGGUUGUAUUCCGACCUUCAUGCUGGUGGAUAUUUCAGAUGGCUAUACAGCGGUUAUCAUUGGCAUCAAUCAGAGUUGGGAGUAUACUAGCACAAGUGAUAUGAUUUGUCUGAUGACCAAUGACAUGCACAGAACGAUUUCCAUU